AUGGAGUCACAUCAGUUUCAGGUUGUUGGUCCAGCUGGUCCUCUUGUUACUAUAGCUGGUGAAGACCUGGUUCUGCCCUGUUCUCUCAAACCCAACAUCAGUGCUGUGGACAUGACAGUGGAAUGGUUUAGACUCCAUGGAUCAGAGACUCUAGUGCAUCUGUACACAGACCAUGAAGACAGAAAUGAGAACCAGAUUCAGUCCUAUAGAGGGAGGACAGCACUGUUUAAAGAGGAACUGCAGAAAGGCAACACUUCAUUAAAACUCUCCAGAGUGAGAGUCUCUGAUGAAGGACAAUAUAAAUGUUUGAUUGAGAAUCAAAACUGGCAGGAUGAUGUGACUGUUGAAGUCAUAGUUGAAGCUGUGGGAACUGAGCCUGUGAUCACUGUGACAGACUGUGAUUACUCAGGAAGGCGGAGUCUGUCGUGUGAAUCUACAGGUUGGAGCCCUGAAGAGCCAGAUGUCUUUUGGCUGAACAGUGAAGGAGAGAUUCUCUCUGCUGAGGAUACACAGACAGACAGAGACAUGGAGGGUUUCUCUGUG